CCGGCAGCGCCAGCGCCCCACGGCCGCCAUGGACGGCGAGGCGAACGGGACCCUCCACCCGUCCUGCGGCGCCAGCCAGCCGCCCUACUCCGAGGAGCUUCUCCGGAGCCUUGACCUACCAGGGAGAUUUCUCUUUGCAACCUUGACUCUGAUGACACUAAUUGCCAUUCUGGUAUUUAUAGAGGAAGCAGUCUACAUCUACAGGAAAACCCCUUCCUCCAAAAGAUCAAUCAUAAUUUGGAUUAAUGCUGCAGCUCCAGUGAUCUCUACUACUUCAUGCAUUGGCAUGUGGAUUCCUCGUUCAACAAUGUUUACAGAUUUCACAGCAGGAAUAUUUUUUGCCAUAGUUAUCCACAAGUUCCUGAUGAUGAUGAUCAAAGAGUGUGGAGGUCAAAAGCUGCUCCUCAGGCGGUUUGAAAAUGGUCGCUUCACGAUCAGCACCGGUCCCUGCUGCUGCUGCUGCCUUUGCCUCCCUCGUGUGCCCAUCACUAGGCAAACCCUCUUUUGGCUGAAGGUGGGCACCUUUCAGUUUGCUGUCUUUCGACCUGUGCUCGUAUUUUUAUCAAUAGUGCUUUGGAGUAAUGGCAACUACGUCCUUUACAAUUUAUCUCCCAAAGAACCUGCGCUAUGGAUUAACAUCUCCAUGGGUGUCCUUACCCUUACUGCUCUGUGGGCAGUUGGAAUCGUGUUUCGAAAAGUUAGGACUCUCCUUACCUGUAAGAACAUUAUCCCAAAGUUUGCCCUGUAUCAGUUUAUUGUCAUUCUGAACCACCUGCAGACCACUAUUAUCCACAUGCUGGCCACACAAGAGGUCAUUCCCUGUGCUCCACCACUCUCCUCUACAGCAAGAGGAUCAUUUAUAGCCCAGCAGCUCCUCAUCAUGGAAAUGUUUCUGAUAACUGUAAUCUCAAGAGUUGUCUAUCGGAGAAAAUACCACGAUCUGGAGCCUCUGGAGUGCAUGGAUGAUGAAGCUGGGGACAAGAAGCAGACUCCUAAGACUAUCCUGAAUGGUGCAGUUGUUGAAGAUGGAUUGCCAAAGUUUUGUAAGCCCUCCUGUUCUGCAGUAGCUGGAAGCUCAGCUCAGGAAUUUGUAUAUUCUGGCACCACAAAUAGCCACUGUCCAUAUCAGAACAACUUCUGA